AUGUCUAUGCAGGUUCGCGUAAAGCAACAAAUGGAGGAUUUGGACCAAAGAUUGAGCUCCUUUCCUCAACUUAAUAAGCUAGAAAAAACUGUUGGUGUCAGCAAGCUUUACGUCGUUUUAGGCUUAGCUGGUGUUUACUUUUUAUUUUUGAUUUUAAACAUGGGUGGCCCUAUCUUGACAAAUCUCUUGGCCUUUGGUAUGCCAGCUUUCUUCAGUAUUCAUGCCAUUGAAACCACAAACAAGUCUGAUGACACUCAGUGGCUCACCUACUAUUUGAUCACUUCUUUCAUGAACGUUAUUGAAUACUGGUCCAAUUUGAUUCUUUACUAUGUCCCUUUCUACUGGCUCAUUAAGGCUGUCUUCCUCUUAUGGUUGGCUUUGCCCAAGUUCAAUGGUGCUGCCAUUGUCUACAACUAUGUAAUUCGUCCUUACAUUACUCCUCACGUUCUUCGUAUGUGCAAGCAAGCUUCUCAUGCCAAUACCUCCCACACUACUGGCGCCGCUCCCUAUGCCAAGACCACUUCUACCGACAUCCCCCACAACCUUUAA